AUGAAAUCUAGAAAAAAUAACUGUGAUCUGGCCUUUAUUUUGCCAGAUAAAAACUAUCUAAGUCUUACUUUUUGGCAUAUAAUUCAAGUAUGUCCUAUUGGGUACCUAUUUUUCAUUAUGAUGAUGACGUUUGAGGAGCUUGUAAAAGUAUUUUUGGUUACUAGGCUUGCUUUUGAAAUGCCAUUUUUUGAACAAGCCUUAGAAAGUUUAAAUAAUAAUUCGGAUAUACCAUAGAAUUUGAUGAUAACCUCAGUGGUCCUUAUAUUGUACCACCUUUUCAACCUAGUAGUUAUAUGGUACCUAAAUAGAACAAUACGAUAUUUGCCUGAGCAAAAUAGUUUGACAACUACACUAUCUAUUUUAAUGAAGUAUAUUGCUGUCUAUUUUUCGACUGCGAUUACUUUUUUCACUAUGCUAAUUCAUAUCUACAUGAUUUAAGUUCUUUAUUUAAUAUUUGGGUCUGAAGUAUUUAAAAAUCAGGAAGAGAGUCAGAUUAUCAACCUAGUCUUGAUAGUUAUAUUGAUUUUGACAAAUCUAAAUAAUAUCAUAAGACCUUUGUCGCUGGUUGCGAUAGCUUUAUUAGCAUAUCUUCAGCUUUUUAGAUGUACGUACUUUAUCACUUACUACAAUGAAAAGGUAAAUCAGUUUCUCCAAAUGAUGAUUGAGUAUGAAGAAUAAGAUAUAGAUGAGGAAAAUCUAAGUUACUACAAGAUGAUUAAUGAAAUUUACCAUCAUAAAUACGGAUAAGAUCAUAGAUUUAAUAAAUAGGUAUCGGAGAGAAUAUAAAAUAUAGAGUAAGAAUAUAAAAAUAUUGAUGCAGCCUCUAUGGAAUUUACUAGUGGAAAUAUGGAUAGCAUAUUAGCUAAAAGCACUGGGGAGUUUCCUUUUGAUAAGGGAUUUUUAGGUUCUUUAAAAAAUGGGAAAUUAGAUAACAAUUAAAAAAACUAGAUGAAGACAGGAAAUAAUAUCAAUAAUGAAAAUUGUGAAAGAGGUAAAAGCUCCUUAUAUGAAGUAUUUUCAAACGAUACUUUGAUAAAAAAGCAAGUAGUUGAUGAGAACAAAAAGGAAUAGAUUUUCAUUAAGAUAGAAGGUCAGACAAUGGACGUUACGAACUCCUAAGAUGCCAUUCAGACCGGCUUAUCUGACUAAUAAUUUGCUGAACAACAGAUAUCUUACUCUCACAACCAUAACCAAUAUUCAUGCUCAUUGAUACAAGGAAGGCUAUAUAGCUAUAUUUCAAAAUCUAAUCAUAAUGAUGAGCUAGACACUGAAAUACUUCUUAACCAAAGUCUAAAGAUUGAUGAAAUUUUAAAUUACAUUAAGGAUUGCACUGAUAAAAUUAUGAUCUUCUGGUAAUUAAUGGCCUCUGAAAAUAUUUCUAAAGAAUAGAUAGAAGAUUUGCUUAAGGUUUCAUUUGAUAUUAGCAUAAUGCUUAAAUAAAUUAAGCACAAUCUAAAGAUGAUGACGAGUGCUGACAACUUUCAAUCUUCUUGCCAUUCAUUGUACUUUUAUUUGUGUCAUUUUUACAAUGUUGUUCUCAGAGAUAAUCACUAGAGCUAGGUUAUUCUCAAGCAUAUGAUGAAUAUGCAGAGCGUUAGGUCAUAAUCUUCUAUUAAAAAUAGUCUUAUUGAUGAUGUUGGAUUGACAGUUGUCGAUGGAAAUUUUAGUUUAUUUGGGAGAAUGAUAUUUGCUAACAAAACAAUAUCAAAGUUGCUCGGGUAUAAGAGCGAGGAAUUAAUAAAUUAGAGAAUUCAUAUUCUAAUGCCAGGCUAAAUAUCAGAAGUACAUAACAAAUUUUGGCUUAGAUUUGCAGAAUGUGGAGCUGCCAGGGUACUUGAAUAGGUAAGAUUCUUGUUUGUUAAGGAUAAAGAAGGUUAUAUAGCUCCAUUCAAAAUGUUCAUGAAGUUUCUUUACCAUAAGGAUUUUGGAUAUUGUUUUAUAAGUUUAUUCAGACGGCCAAAGUCAUUCAUCUUUGACGAUUAAGAGAGUUAGGUGAGGACUAGGAAGACAUAUUAAUUAAUUUGCAGUGAUAAUGGAAAAAUAUUGGAAAUCUCAAGGUCUUGCCAGUAAUUAAUGAAGCUUAGACCUGAUAUGCUUGACAAAUUUCAAUCAUCAUUUUCUGACAGUUUUACUUUAUCUCAUUUGAACUCUUAGCUUUAGAUAAGCACUUUAGACUUUAAUGAGUCGAACUGUUACUUCUAUCGGUAUAUAGGCCUCAACUUUGGUGUAAUAUGGAAGAUGUCAAAGAUGGCCGAAUUUAUUGAAGACAGUGAUUAUAACAUCAAAUUACCAAGAAACUAAUUCAAAGCUUAGAUGAAAAUAAUCAGAGAAACAUAUGGUGAUCCAAAAAGUGCUUAAGUUAGUAUAUACUAUGUAAUUUUUUCAGAGUUUAACAACAAUCAAAAUACAAUGCAUAACAUAUCAGGUAGUAGUAAUAAUCCUGCCACUAGAUAAACUAUUUAAUCUUUGAAUAAUUUUGAAUCACAUGAAUCGGAUCUUGCCGACUCAGAAAAUUUAUUCUUCAGUCAAAAAGAUGAUAAAAUUAAACUUAGUUCUAUAAAUGGCAAAUCAAUGAGUACAGAGAGUUUAAUGGGUAUCAACAACAAUAGUAUUAGCUCGUCUUAUUCAAGCAGCUAGACAAGUGAUUAGUACAAUGAAAUUAAGUAUAUUGAAGAAGGAAUUGACUAUGAAAAAAAUCCAAAACCACUAAUUUAUCUUCGACUUGCUGUUGUAAUUCUUUUACUGAUAAGUCUUAUACUUUCAACAAUAUAAUUUGCACUAAACAUCGAUACCAAUAAAUAGAACAUAGAUUAUCAGAAGAUGCUUGCUCGUACACUUUAAGCUGAAGAAUCAAUAUCAUCCUUAGUACUUUUAACAAGAUGCUAUCUAAAUGUGAACCUCAACCUUGAAAAUAAUAAUAUGACUUAUGUGAAUGAUAGGAAAGAAGUAAUUAAAUAUUAGGCUUUAGAAAUAUUAGAAAAUACAAGAAUUAACAUGAAAAUCCUUCAGUAAUUUAUCAAUUAAAUCCAGGAAGAAGAUACUUUUAAAAAUCAUUUUUCGGAUAUGAGUAUCAGAGUUUACGAUCUUUAUCUUAACAAAACUGUAGGAAAUAGAAAACUUUCAAGAUUUUAUACAAUUAACGACUGGCUUGUCAAAAUAGGUGAAAUUUUUUACAAUCCAAAUCUGACAAGCAAAAUCUAUUCUUUUUACCCUUAAAAUUUUUCAGUCAAUAAUGCAGACUAAUUGGUAUUCUAUGUACUAACUAACAGUUUAAAUGAUAUAAGGUCAAAGCUUAUGAUAUUCAACAAUGAGUGUGAGUCAUUUAUAAAAAAUCAAGUUAUAAAGUCCAACUUCACCAAUUAAAUAUAUGUUAUCAUUACCUCUAUUGUAAUAGUCGUCCUAACAUUGAUAACUCAAUAUUACUUGCUAUUUUUAAACCAAUUUAAGUAUUAAGUUUUGGAUUUCUUCACUGAAUUAGAAAAAGAAACUAUUUUACUUAAUGAGUAAUGUGCUAUAGAAUUUUCUUUAUAUCUCAAAACCGAAAACUAUGAUAUUAUAAAGAAAAAUUAAAAUGAUUAGAGGGAAUAUGAGAUCAACAAGAGUUUAAAGGAUGAUGUGAAAUAAUAAUAGGAUAAAAUCCCAGGAAAGAAAUUAAAUUCAAAGUAAAAAAAGGGGACCUCCAAGUUUUUUAGAAAAUUAACUAAAAAUUCUUAAGGAAUUUAGAGCUCAAGCAAUUUCAGUGAGAAUUUAGAAGAUGAUGAUGAAAAAUACUAAGCAAAGGAGGAAAAAAAAGAAAAUCAUAAAGAAAGUAACUUAGAUUCCUCAAAUAUUUAAGGAAAAAUGAUUGUUCAAUCAAAGUAGAAUAAAGGAAACCCUAAUAAAGCAUUAGCAACAGAUGAGGGUAAGAUAAAAUUGUAGGAUAUGAUAGGGAAAUCAUUAGAAGAAUAAGUAUCAAGAAUGGACUUAAGAUAAUAUUCUUAAACAAAUAGAAGGAGUGAUCUUCUAAGCGAAUCUUCAGAUAAAAAUAAGUACAUUGUUAUGAGAUUAAAAGAGUUAAAAAUGAAAAAGCUUUCCUAGAUGUUUAUAGUUGGAACCUUGACUUCCUUCAUUUUGAUUAUUUACUUUGUGGUUCAGUUUCUCUUAUUCGAAAAGAGUCAAAAUUUUCUUAACUCUAACUCUGAAGUCCUUAAAGAAAUUCAAUAAAGUCUUGAGUGUACAAGUACUUUUUUAUUUUAGGUAAGAGAUCUUCAAACAAGCAAUCAAACAACUUAUCUACUUGACAGUACUAAACCAAUAUAACUACAACAAGUUUAAGAUAUGUAAAAAAUUAAUAUACUUAAUGAAACAUAUAAAAGUUGCAUAAAUCAUAACCAAUAUGUCAAUGCCUGGAUCUAAGAAUAAAAUCAAGCAGAAUUCUAUCUUAACAAAAAUGAUCAAAAUAUAUGUACUUACCUUGAUUAGAAAAAAAUGUUUGGUAAUGGAUUGAAUUUGAAGAACUGCAAAUCUAUUUAUUAAGGAAUCCUUAACAAAAAUGUUUUAUAUCAAACUUCCCUAUUCUUAUAAGAUUCUUACUAUCAUGCUCUCAAAUUUGGAUCACUUUAAGAUAAAACUGAGGCAAAUAUUAAACAAAUUAUUGGAUCUCUAACUCAUAUAGAAUUGCUAGACUCAGUAUAAUUAUAUUAGUAAUAUGGAUUGCGACGCUUCUAUGAUGAAAUUUUCCAUGAUAUGCUCUUAUAAAAUAGUGCAUUCAUCAUUCUCCUAGGAAUGUUUGUAGUUUUCACAAUAAUCCUAGUUAUCGGCCAGAUGAUUGUAAUUUGUUACGUUACUCCUUUAAUUAGAAAUAACUUUUGGAAUGCUUUUUACAUUCUUAAGCUUCUUCCAAAGGAUGAAUUGGACAGAGAAUUCAUAAAGAAGAUCAAUGAAUUUCUUAGUAGAGCAUGA